AUGGACAAGGACGAGCAGCAGGCGCAGAUGCGGCGCGUCGCCUUUUUCGCCAUCGCCGUGUCGACCGCCGCCGUCGUCUCCUCCAUCAUCACCUUGCCCAUGAUCUACAGCUACGUUCAGAACUUCCAAUCUCAUCUUCUCUUCGAAACUGACUUCUGCAAGGUUGGAGAUUUUUAGAGUUAGAACUGUAACUUCAAAUGAACAACAUCGAGAUAUUUCAUUCUCGAAUUCCAAAAAUAUCAAGUUUUCACAUGUCUAAAACAUUCUUACACGGGAAGUGCAAAAGGUCGAGGUAUUGGAAUUUAAUGAAACUUGGUAUAUAGGUACUUCCGAACACCCUGAAUCCAAAGCAGUUGAAAAAAAGUGCGCCUUUUUGGUUCUAGUCGAGUUAGGGCGCCUCAAAGUUUGCACGCAAAAAAUGCAGGGAGGAAGGGAGGAGGGAAUGUGUUGCGGCGGCUAACUCUAGCUGUCAGCAGGCGGCGUGGUGUAGUGGCUAGAGGCCUUGCGCUGUGAAACCUGUGAUGCAGGUUCGGUCCCUUUUUGGUAAAAUUUUUUUUGCCAUUUUUUUUUAUUUGAAAAAUGAGGAAGUUUUGAUGAUGGACUGAAAGAACAGCUCAAAAUUUUGAAAUUCACCAUUUUAUGCCCAUCUGAGAAAGAAUUUCGACAAAAAAUUUUUUUGCUCCAUUUUCCUUGCCUAACCAUAAGGCUUAUGGUCGACCCAUUCCUUCAAAAAAAUUUCUGAUGAACCAAUAAAAUCAAAUUUUUAUGAGAUUUAUUCUUCUUUCCUUUGUUUAUGACGUUAUGUGUUGAAAGCUGUGAAUCAAAGUCCAGCUUCACUUCAUUUUCGCAAUCGAGAUGAUAUGGCGAUGCUGCAGGGAAGGAAAAAAAAAGACAAGGAAAAGGGUUAACUAACCCCAUCUUUGAAGAAAAAAAGUUUUUGAUUAAUAAGAAUAGAAGCAUAGAACUACAACAAGUUGUUAUUUAUGGCAUAAAACUAUGAACUCUCGCAAGAAUAAUCACGACGCCCAAAUUUCCUGCACAGAGCAUGACAAAAAAAGACUAAAAAGUUUUUUGUUGAAAGUCUUUCUCAAAACGACAUAAAAAUAGUAAAUUUUAACACUUUGAACAGUAUUUUUCGUUCCAUCUUCAAAAAUUCAUCAAUUUUUUUGAAAAACUUCAUGGCAAAAAAAAUUUUACCAAAAAGGGACCGAACCUGCAUCAUAGGUUUCACAGCGCAAGGCCUCUAGCCACUACACCACGCCGCCUGCUGACAGCUAGAGUUAGCCGCCGCAUCACAUUCCCUCCUCCCUUCCAAUGCAUUUUUUGCGUGCAAACUUUGAGGCGCCCUAACUCGACUAGAACCAAAAAGGCGCACUUUUUUUCAACUGCUUUGGAUUCAGGGUGUUCGGAAGUACCUAUAUACCAAGUUUCAUUCAAUUCCAAUACCUCGACCUUUCGCACUUCCCGUGUUAGAAGGCUCUUUGUAGCGAGAAACCGUUUUCGACAUCGAAAGUUUGGGUCCACAAAACGGGGUUUGAUGAAAAGAGUUUGCAGACGCGCGCACGCGACAUGUGGGUCGAGAUGCAGAUUCUCUACAAGUCGGGAGCGCCACGAUCCAAGCGCGAAGCUGGUACGUGGCUCUUCGGUCAGUACGUCCCAGAUGGCGGUGCUGGUGGCGGUACGCCUGACCGAACUCCUCAUCUCCAAACACGUCGACGAUUCAGGUGGCGGCGAAUACGCUCAAGGAGGUGGUGGCGGAGGAGGAGGCGGCAGUGGUGGCUACGCUUCUGUCAACGCUGAGCCUGGACCCGCUUGCUGUCCAUGCCAACAAGGACCAGCAGGACCCCCGGGACCUCCUGGAGACGAAGGUUGCUUCAUAUCAAAAAAUGAGUUCAACACUGAAAACAUAGGACCGCACGGCAACGAUGGACAUCACGGAUCCCCAGGAGCCCCUGGCAAAGAAGGACAAGUCCUUUCUUCUGCUUUGCCGCCAGCUGAACCUUGCAUGAUCUGUCCUCCAGGACCUCAAGGAGCUGUCGGCAUGCAAGGACCAAAAGGACCGCCAGGACCAAAAGGAAAGUCUGCCGAACGCGCCGCCGAUGGCAAACCAGGAGAGCCAGGAAUGAUGGGACCACCAGGACCUCCGGGAGGUUUGUUCUACGCUUUGUGUACUUUCUGUGCAGUCAAGUAUUGUAGGAGUCGGAGAGCCAGGACCAGCCGGUCCUAUUGGACAACCUGGUCGAGUCAUCCAAGUCAACGGACCAGCAGGACCAGCCGGACCACGUGGAGGAAAGGGACCAGCUGGACCAAAGGGUCUGCCUGGUAUCGCUGGUCUGACAGACGGCGGACCACCAGGACCACCUGGAGAUCAAGGUGGACCGGGUCCUGCUGGAUUCCCAGGACCACAAGGACCUGCAGGCCCGCAUGGACCACCAGGUUUGUUGAACAGUCGGUGAACAGCUGAACGAAAAAGCUUCAGGAGACGAAGGCUCAUGCGACCACUGUCCAGAGCCGCGCACACCUCCAGGCUAUUAA